AACACAUGGCAACAAUUCCUCUCAAACUAACAGCAGCAACCUUCUCUUCAGAGCUUCUAUUACAUUCUUCUUCUUGUUCUGCUUCUUCUUCUUUUUCUUUGUCCAUAAUUUUUCCAUGAUCAGAAGACUACCGCUUUCGGCUACUUUUCACCGCUUUGUCUCUCGCAGAACAAAACUCAUUUCGUCGCCUCCAAAAUACCCAUAUUAUUCACAAGGCUAUUUUUCCUCGCUCUCCUUGCCUUUCUCUGUAAAUUGUCCUCGAUCCAUUCACGCUUUCAAGGUUCUGGCCAUGGCCGAACAGACCCAGAUGUCAUCUUCGCAUUCUCACAAGCAUACCAAUCGCCUUGCUGCUGAGCAUAGUCCGUAUCUUCUUCAGCAUGCGCAUAACCCCGUUGAUUGGUAUCCAUGGGGUGAAGAAGCUUUCGCUGAAGCUCGAAAAAGAGAUGUGCCCAUCUUCUUAUCAAUCGGAUACAGCACCUGCCAUUGGUGUCAUGUUAUGGAGGUCGAAUCUUUCGAGGAUGAAGGAGUCGCUAAAUUACUGAAUGAUUGGUUUGUUAGUAUCAAGGUGGAUCGGGAGGAAAGACCAGAUGUAGAUAAGGUAUAUAUGACGUAUGUUCAGGCUUUGUAUGGUGGUGGAGGUUGGCCACUUUCGGUCUUCCUUUCACCUGAUUUGAAACCCCUGAUGGGUGGAACGUACUUUCCCCUGGAAGAUAAGUAUGGAAGACCUGGUUUUAAGACUAUACUUAGAAAGGUGAGAAAAGCUUGGGAGAACGAAAGGGAUAUGCUUGUUAAGAGUGGAGCAUUUGCCAUUGAAAAACUAUCAGAGGCAUUGUCAGCAAGUGCAAAUGCUAAUAAAUUGCCUGAUGGGCUUCCAGAAAAUGCAUUGCGUCUAUGUUCUGAACAACUUUCCCAAAGUUUUGAUUCAAAGUAUGGUGGGUUUGGGUCUGCACCAAAGUUUCCCAGACCAGUUGAGAUUCAACUGAUGCUUUACUGGUCAAAAAAGCUGGAGCAGAAUGGGAAUCCGAGUAAAGCAAAUGAAGGCCUUCAAAUGGUUUUCUUUAGCUUGCAAUGCAUGGCAAAGGGGGGCAUCCACGAUCACAUUGGAGGUGGAUUUCAUAGAUACAGUGUGGAUGAAUGCUGGCACGUUCCACACUUUGAGAAAAUGCUUUAUGAUCAAGGGCAGCUUGCUAAUGUUUAUUUAGAUGUCUUUUCCAUUGCCAAAGAUAUCUUCUAUGCAUUUGUUGCUCGGGAUAUUUUGGAUUAUUUAAGAAGAGACAUGAUUGGACCAGAAGGUGAAAUAUUUUCAGCAGAAGAUGCUGACAGUGCAGAGUCUGAAGGUGCUACAAGAAAAAAGGAAGGAGCCUUUUAUGUUUGGACCAACAAAGAGGUUGAAGACAUACUUGGACAGCAUGCAACUCUUUUUAAGGAGCACUAUUACGUAAAGCCAUCUGGUAAUUGUGACCUUUCCAGAAUGAGUGAUCCUCAUAAUGAAUUUAAGGGGAAGAAUGUGCUCAUUGAAAGAAAAAAACCUUCUGAAAUGGUAUCAAAGGUUGGCAUGCCUAUUGAGGAAUAUCUUGAUAUCCUGGGUAGCUGUAGACAGAAGCUCUUUGAUAUAAGGUCAAGGAGACCAAGGCCACAUUUAGAUGAUAAGGUUAUCGUAUCAUGGAAUGGAUUGGCAAUCUCAUCUUUUGCUAGAGCUUCUAAGAUUCUUAAGGGAGAGACUGAGGGAACCAAAUUCAACUUUCCUGUUGUUGGCCGCGAUCCUAAGGAGUACAUGGAAGUUGCAGAGAAGGCAGCAUCUUUUAUCAGGACGCGUCUUUACAAUGAACAAACACAUAGGCUGCAGCACAGCUACAGGAAUGGCCCAUCUAAAGCUCCUGGAUUUCUAGAUGAUUAUGCUUUUCUUAUUUCAGGAUUGCUGGAUCUUUAUGAAUUUGGUGGUGGAACGAACUGGCUAGUUUGGGCAACUGAACUGCAAGACACACAGGACGAAUUGUUUCUUGAUAGAAAGGGAGGAGGCUACUUUAAUACCCCAGGUGAAGACCCUUCUGUUCUUUUGCGUGUGAAGGAAGAUCACGAUGGCGCUGAACCUUCAGGGAACUCGGUUUCUGUGAUUAACCUUGUAAGGUUGGCGUCCAUGGUUUCAGGACAUAAAUCCGAUCAUUACAAGCAGAAUGCGGAACAUCUUCUGGCCGUUUUCGAGACGAGACUAAAAGACAUGGCUAUGGCAGUGCCAUUGAUGUGUUGUGCAGCGGAUAUGCUCUCUGUCCCGUCUCGGAAGGAAGUUGUGUUGGUUGGCCACAAGCCUUCUUCAAAGUUUGAAGACAUGCUUGCUGCUGCGCAUGCAUUAUAUGAUCCCAACAAAACAGUUAUUCACAUUGACCCUAACAAUAAUGAAGACAUGCAAUUUUGGGAAGAAAAUAACAACAACAUUGCCCUCAUGGCAAAGAAGAAUUUCGCCUCAGACAAGGUGGUUGCUCUUGUCUGCCAAAACUUCACUUGCAGCGCUCCGGUCACUGACCCUGGAUCCUUGAAGGCCCUGCUCUCCCAGAAAAUUUCUACUCCUGUAUGAAAGGCUUUAUUAUUAUAAUUAUUAGUAGUAGUAUUAAUUUUUGGUAGUAAAGUUAACACAUCUUAAAUUUUGUAAAAAGCCUCAGAAUAGUAGUAUAUAGUUCAUUAUUCCUCAUUACUGUAUUAUUUUUUAAGUUGUUUUUUUGAUAUCACAUAUUUGGAGUGAUCUUUUUUCUUUUUC